ACUACUAUCAAUAUGCCACUCGGCUAUCGUAUGCCAGCACGCUUGAGGCGUAAAGCAGGUCAGACGUUGUCAUGGGUAGAACCUUUAGCAACGUCUUUCCCUAGUAGAGGUGGUAGAUCCUUCAGAUUCUCUGCUAGAAGAUGGACUGGAUAUAAAAAUGCUGAUCAGAAGGAUGAGCAAUUUAGACAGAAGUUACCUUUAGGAUAUCGUCUGAAAAUGGCUUGGAAGGAUACUCCAACAAAGUGGUACCCUUUACCAAUUGGGAUCGGCGCAGUUUUGAUUGCAUUCUUAUCAAUAAAGAAUCGCAAGUUUAGUGAUGAACCACAUGUCGUUUUCGAUGGUCAAUCAAUGAAAUUACAGGGUCCUUGGCAGGUACACGUUAUCGGCGCUUUACCACUUAGACAAUUAUCUAGAUUAUGGGGUUACGUUAACUCAUUUGAGAUACCAAUUUGGGCGAGACCAACCGGUUUUAAACUUUAUAGUUGGUUAUUUGGUUGCAAUUUAGAUGAAAUUUCACCUGAAGAUCUUACUUUAUAUCCAAGUUUAGGCGUUUUCUUUUAUCGUAAAUUGAAACCAGGUGUACGUCCAAUCGCGGAUUCCUCUUUAGUUUCACCUGCAGACGGUACUUUAUUACAUUUUGGAUCAAUUGAAAAUGAACAAGUUGAACAAGUUAAAGGUGUAACCUACAGUUUAGACGCUUUACUUGGUUUGUCAAACUUAUCAAAACCUUCAGAUCUAAUACCGUUCAAUAAUGAAAACGAAGAACAUGAACACGUUGCACAUACUGACUUUGCAAACGUUAACGGUAUUGAGUAUAGUUUAGAUCAAUUGCUGGGAGAGCAAGAAAAGGAAGGUUCAACCCAGGAUGCUGCUAUUGAACAUGAUUUAAGUGCAGCUGCUAUAUCACAUGAUGCAAAGGUCGCAAAAGAGUUAGGUGAACAAGCUGUACAGAUGAAUAAUUUCAAAAAGAGUUAUCCAGCUGUUAAACCCGGUAAUAAACUAUUCUUCAGUGUCAUCUAUUUAGCACCAGGUGAUUAUCAUAGAUUCCAUAGUCCAACUGCAUGGGUAGCAGAAAAACGCAGACACUUUGCAGGUGACCUAUUUAGUGUAUCACCUUGGAUGGCGAAGAGGUUACAAAAUCUGUUUGUUUUAAAUGAAAGAGUAGCUUUAUUAGGUAGAUGGAGACAUGGAUUUUUCAGUAUGACACCUGUUGGUGCAACUAACGUAGGUUCGAUCAUACUCAACUUCGAUAAAGACCUCCGAACGAAUGUUGGUAGACGACCACCACGUACAGGAGCAUAUAAAGAGGCUAGUUAUGAGAACGCAUCUAGAGUAUUAAAAGGACAGCCAUUACAACCUGGUGAAGAAAUUGGUGGAUUUUGCUUAGGUUCAACAAUUGUGUUGGUGUUUGAAGCGCCAAAGGACUAUAAAUUUAGAGGCAAACCAGGUGAUAAAUUAAAAAUGGGUGAAUCAAUGUUAAUAUAAAGACGUUUUUGUAACACUAAAUUCUUCUCUUUUUGACGUUAUCAUAUGGGUUUAGCAUUUUCGAGUAUUUUGAGUAUAUUCUCUAAGAAGGAGUAUAAAUUAGUCGUUAUAGGAUUAGAUAACGCGGGUAAAACGACGAUAUUAUAUAGAGUAACGCAGGGCGAAGUUAUAGCGACAGCGCCAACGGUUGGUAGUAAUUUAGAGCAAUUUGAAUACAAGAAUCUAAAGUUCGCACUCUGGGAUAUCGGCGGUCAGCAGCAACUAAGGUCGACCUGGUCUGCGUAUUAUAAUCAAGCGAAAGCGGUAAUAUUAGUAGUAGACAGCUGUGAACCGGAUAGGUUGAAUGUCGUUAAAGAGGAACUCCAUAGAGCAUGUCAGGAUGAGCAACUGAAAGAUGCACUGCUUUUGGUAUGGGCUAAUAAGCAGGACCGUAAGGAUCAAGCUAGCACUCCAGCUGAGAUAUCCUCUAAGCUAGAACUCACUGCUCUCAAGGAUAGACAGUGGUCCAUCUUCCCGUGCUCUGCACUCACGGGCGAUGGGCUAUCAGAAGGUUUAGAUUGGCUUACAGAGCGUAUAAGUUAGAAUAUUAAUAAUUAAUGUACUUUUAUAAAUCACGUA